AUGUCUUCAAUGAAGACAACGAAUGGUAAGUAUUGGAGCCGAAGAGCUGGCCGUCAUGUGAAUGACAGACAAUAUAUGACUAAUGAAUUGAAUUACUUCUUCCUCUUCGGCGGCGCUGAAGACAUGGCGUUAGUGUUGAUCGAGCCGUACGACCAAUGGCUGCACAAACUGUUGCAGAGGUUGGGCUUAAUAGAGACGGAUCUCUGCGAUAGGAAUGACUACACGAUCGGCGACGACGAGAGCGAAGAGAAUGACUACACGAUCGGCGACGACGAGAGCGAAGAGUAUUUGAUUAAUUUGGAUCCGAAGGAGUGGAAGAGUCAGGACCACUACAAGAUCUUCAAUGUCCACAACCGCUUCUUCGCCACUCCCGAGGACAUCAAAAAACAAUAUCGGUUGAAAGUGCUUCGACAUCAUCCCGACAAGAGGUCUUCAGGCGAUGGAAAGGUGAUAGAUCUCGACCUCGACUACUAUUCAUGUCUGACGAAAGCGUACGAAAUAUUAGGCGAUGCCAUCAAAAGGAGAUCCUAUGAUAGUAUUGACGAAACCUUUGACGACGAGAUUCCGGCCAAUAAUGCCGCCACAAAAGCAGACUUUUAUCGCGUUUAUGGCAACGCUUUUAAACUAAAUUCACGUUGGUCUACAAAACAACCGGUGCCUGAAUUAGGCGACGAUCGGUCGGACAUAUCGUAUGUGAAUAAGUUCUAUGCCUUUUGGUAUGAUUUCGAUUCGUGGAGAGAAUACUCGUAUUUAGACGAAGAAGAGAAGGAAAAGGGAGAGAAUAGAGACGAGAGGCGAUGGAUGGAGAAGCAGAACAAAGCCGCCAGAGCUCAGAAGAAGAAGGAAGAGAUGCAACGAUUGAGACAAUUGAAGCAGAACAAAGCCGCCAGAGCUCAGAAGAAGAAGGAAGAGAUGCAACGAUUGAGACAAUUGGUGGACAACGCAUACCAAUCCGAUCCGCGAAUCGCACGCUUCAAAGAGGAGGAGAAACAGAAGAAAUUGUCCCAAAAGUUGGCAAAACAACAGAAUAUUCGAGAGAAACAGUUGGAAGAGGAAAGAGUGAAACGAGAGGCAGAAGAGAAGCAAAGGUUAGAAAAGUUAGAGAAAGAGAACGAAAUUAAGGCGAAGAAGAAUGAAGAGAAGAAACAAAAGGAUUUCAUCAAAAAAGAAAUACGAAAAGAACGCAAACAUUUGGAGACUUUGUUUGAAACAUUUGGUUAUUUUGCCGACAAUGAGAACCAAAGAAUUGAUUAUUUGCGAGAAUUUGAUAAAAUUAUGAAUAUUUAUAGUUUAGAAGAAUUGCAAACAUUUAGACAACAGUUUGAAGGACUCGACAGCGAAGACUCGAAACGAGACUUUUUCCUUAAGAAAAUGGCAGAAAUGAACACUAAGUUAGAGUCCGAACGCAUCGCUCUCUUGACGACCAAUAACUCAAUGAACGGUCAGACGAAUAACGUGUCGUCGAAGAAGCACUGGAGUUACGAUGACAUCCAACUACUCAUUAAAGCCAUUAAACUAUUCCCUGCGGGCACUCAAGACCGGUGGGCAGUGAUU